GUCACGUGUCACGUGACUUGUGUCCAUCUAACGAAUACUCUAAGGAACGGAUGUGUAUAGUGAUGAAAAGGUGUAUUCUUUUGGUUAUUACGGUUUUAAUUCUAAAAACAGACGCUGGUUUAACUAAUUUUGAAACAUCUUCAAGAGACUGGUUCAAUGAUCUCUUUCGAGACGACCUCGACUGGAAACUACACCGUGGUCAGGUAACAAACAGAUAUGGGAGAGGAAACUACCUAUAUCUGACCACUUCAACAAGCAAUGGCAAAUCCGCCAUUCUAGAAAGUAGAAUUCUCCGAACUCCCAAACGAGGUUCUUGUGUCUCGUUUUGGUAUCGGAUAUCCGGUAAAAAUCCAGGCGAGUUGAAACUGAAGAGGAUGGAAAUGACAGGAACGAAAAUUAAGACGAGGGAGUUAUGGCUGCGGGAAGGCGACCAAGGAAGGGCGUGGAAUUUCGCAAGGGUAUCUAUUCCGCCCAACCCCCACACACGGUAUUAUCAGAUAAUAAUGGAGUCCAAACUUGGUUCUGGAAGAGGCGGAGUUGUUGCAUUGGACGAUAUAGAUCUUGAUGCCAAUCCAUGCAGUAACUCGCUAGAAAACGGAGGAUUUGUGGUAGACUUCGAAACUAAAGUUACAGCAAUGAAAAACAAAAGAUAUGGCGACCACUUUGACUGGGUUAUUACUAAAAGCAGGGCACCAAAUUCAGGCACAGGACCUGCUCGUGACGUCACAUCUGGCAUCGGCCAUUAUCUACACCUCAGUACCAAAGGCAAAACCCCCGGUCAGAGAGCAAGUUAUAGCAGCAAUCCUGUACGCGGAAGUACUAACGGCGCCUGUCUCUCAUUUUAUUACUAUAUGCACGGAGAAGGAGUCGGGAAAUUAACUGUUUCGAUUUUGCGUAGGAGCGGCUGGGUAUCCGCCGCUAAAUCGGUCUGGAGUAAGACCGGAAGCGUUGAUGGCGGUUGGCAUUUGGCGAGGAUUUCCCUCCCAAUCAGUCUUACAAUGCAGAGGUACGACGUAAUGUUCACGGGAACCGUUGGGAAGGGCGCUUCAGGGGACAUAGCGCUCGACGAUAUAACUCUGAUUAACACUGGUAUUUGUUAAUAUGUUCUUUAUUAAAUAAGAAAUGAAACAUGAUAAAAGUUCUGUCUAAAGACAACUGAGAUCUUCAAGGUAUUCUGGAAUAUAUUUUUAUUAAAUAAAAAGACGAUAAUUA